AUGAAUAACAUGAAGGCGUUUGUCCAUAAGUUCCGAAGAUCUAUGGACACCUUGAAGGAGGAUGAUGAAUUUUUUGUUGAAAAAAAACAGCUAAAUGCAUUGAACACAUAUUUUUCACACUCAUUAUUAUAUUUAGAAAGAUUAGAGAGUGUGAUUAAAAAUAUAAAUAUUAUGAUAAGUGACUUAAACCGAUGUUUAAUGUCCUUUUUUGAAAAUGAUAUAAACUUAGGAAUUGUACAGCAUAUAUCUCAUAUUUUAAAUACGUUCACUGAUGUAAGAGAACAAAUGACAAAUCAUAUAGUUAAUGCUAAAUCUGUAACUAAUGAGACACUUGAAAAAAUAAAAAAAAUGCAAAAUUUAUGUUUAAAAAAAAAAGAAUUAGGAGCAUCAAUAGAGCAUUAUGAAAAAAAAAUAAAAAAAUUACAAUUAGUAAAUGCUCCUAAUCAAAAACAUUUAGAAAAAAUUAUUAGAAAUGAAUCUAAAUUAAAUGGUGUAAAAACAGACUAUUUAAAAUAUAAUGAAUAUAUUAAAAAGGGUUUUGAUAUAGUUUUAGAAAAUAAGACAAAUAAAGUAUUGCUAGAUGCAAGAAAAGACUUGGAACUUUUACUUUGCUAUUUUAGUUUGAUGAAUUCGGUCUCUGUCAAAUUGAAAGACCCCCUUAAAGAUAUGUACUUGAACACACAAAGAGAAAAACUCCCAAUUGACGAUAACUUCUUUAUAGAAGCCCAGGAUAGAAUGAAUUAUUUUUAUGAGAUGGAAAAAAAUUUGAAUAAUUAUAAUUCCCAUAAUAGAUAUCAUAUGCAUAAUCCCAAAUUUGAAUAUAAUAAUUAUGAGCAGCAUAUGAGUAAAUUUAAUAAAUACGACUUACCUAACCGAUAUAGAACUUAUGAUAAUAUUCCUAAUAUAUAUAAUGAUUAUGAUCGAAGAAAUAUAAAUAAUAAUAAUUAUAUGUUAGGUGAUUAUCAUCGAUAUAGUGAGCGUAAUAGUUAUAGGGAACCAUAUAAUAAUAAUGAGAGUAAUAAAGAAGAUAUAUUUUUUAAUAGCUCUUUAAAUACUCUUACCAAAACUCUUAGUGGUUACAAUUUAAAUAGUAAAAUUGAAAAAAUUAACAAAACUAAUGAUUUAAAUUCAUCUGGGAAUAGUGCUGGACGAAGUAGUAGUAGUAGUACUCCUCUUCCUUUUAUAAAAAAUAUAAAAAAUAAAAUUUAUAAAAAAACUUUAAGUCAAGACUUAUUUGUUGAAUCUGAUGAUAAAAAAGAUAACUCCUUUUUAAAAAUAAAAAAUAUUUUAGGAGUUUCAAAUAAACCAAAAGAAGAGGAAAAGGAAAUUCCCACACCUGUGCCUACUCCUCCUGCAUUUCCUCAGUAA